GAGAGAGAGAGAGAAAGAAGAGAUCUAGAGUAUUGUAAUAAUGGAACAAAAGCAAGGCCGGAGAUUGGUGCUCUUUCCUUUACCAUUACAAGGCCAUAUCAACCCGAUGCUUGAGUUAGCCAACAUACUCCAUUCAAGAGGCUUCUACAUCACUGUCAUCCAUACCAACUUUAACUCUCCCAACCCUUCAAACUACCCUAACUUCACCUUCCACUCUUUCCCUGAUGGCUUAUCCCAAACAGAGGCCUCAACCAACGACAUCCCAUCUCUUCUUUUGCAUCUCAACACCAAAUGCGUUCAACCCUUUAAGGAGUGUUUGGCUACACUGAUAUCCGUUGCUUCGGAGGAGCCUUAUACUUGCUUGAUCUCCGACGGUCUAUUUCAUUUCACUCAAGCUGUUGCAGAUAGCUUUAAGCUUCCCAGGGUCGUUUUAAGAACUGCCGGUGCCUCAUCUUUCGCUGUUUUCACUGCUUUUCCACUUCUUUUGGAAAAAGAUUACUUUCCAAUACAAGAUUCCCGAUUAGAAGAGGCAGUGAUAGAGCUCCCUUUUCUGAAAGUAAAAGACCUACCAACAAUGAGCACUCGGAACCCAGAGAAAUUUUUUGAACUACUUACAACCAUGAUCAGUGCGACUAAGGCCUCCUCAGGAAUCAUUUGGAACACAUUUGAAGACCUUGAACAGCCAGCAUUGGACUUGUUAAAGAAACAACUCUGUGUUCCACUGUUCUCAAUCGGCCCGUUUCACAAAUACAACUCAGCCAUUUCGUCAGGUAGUUUGUUGACAGAAGACAAAAGCUCAAUCUCAUGGCUCGAUACUCAACCCCCAAAAUCAGUUGUUUAUGUGAGCUUUGGAAGCAUUGCGGCUACAAGUGAAGCCGAGUUUUUAGAGAUAGCUUGGGGUCUAGCCAAUAGCGAGCAGCCCUUCUUGUGGGUGGUUCGACCCUGGUCGGUCAGUGGCGCGGAGUGGCUCGAGUUGUUACCAAAAGGGUUUAUAGAGAACUUGGGUGGACGUGGACACAUAGUGAAGUGGGCUCCACAGAAAGAAGUUUUGGCUCAUGUUUCCGUGGGAGCAUUUUGGACUCAUAAUGGUUGGAAUUCUACGUUGGAGAGUAUUUGUGAAGGAGUUCCCAUGAUUUGCAUGCCUUGUUUCUCAGAUCAAAAGGUGAAUGCUGUAUAUGUGAGCCGUGUUUGGAAGGUGGGGUUUCAACUGGAGAAUGGGAAAUUAGAAAGAGGAGAGAUAGAGCAAAAUAUUAGAAAAUUGAUGAAGGCGAAAGAAGGAGAAGAGAUUAGAUGCCGAGCCUCAAAGUUGAAGGAGAAGUCACUUAGUUGCUUAAAACAAGGUGGUUCUUCCUACCAAUCUUUGGACAGCUUGGUCAGCCAUAUACUUUCAUUAGAAUCUUUUUCUUUCCCUGCUAAGAGUUAGAACCAAUGAAUUGUCCACUAGUGUCGUUUGAAACAUUUAAAAGUGAUAUGAAUGUUUAAUCAAUAAAAUAUGUUCACCAAGCAGCUUAGCUGAUAUCA